CACUGACACUUUUCACCUUCUCAUCUCAUUUCACAGAGUGUCAGUGUGCAGACAGGAGUGCUGGUGUUUUGUCUGCCGGAGGUGAAGUUGUCGAGCCUACGAUGUCGUGGGACUGCGGAUUAAAGUACAUGUUCUCCAUGUCGCCUGCACUGCAACAGGGGAGCAUGUGCAUCCUGCAGGACAAGGAGGACCUGUCCAGACUGGAGAUGUUUCAGAGACUGGCCAAGGACAGCUACCGCUUCCUGCAGAAACACAGCAAAGGCCCGGAGAAGACAAACACGCCCCAGAGUGACGAGGCAGUCCGAGUGUGUCUGCGGGAGAGGGGCCGCGAUGUGCUCCUUCUCCGGAGUAUGUCGUCAGAUCAACCAGCCCUGUCUGCAUCGACGAGGGGAGGAGGGAGAACGGAGGCGCGGAACAGGAGGUACGUGGUGGUGUCAGGAACCCCAGAGAAGAUCCUGGAGCACCUCCUGACUGACCUGAUGCUGGACGACGACCAGGGCACGACACAAGACACGGAUGCUCUUCUGGACGACUUUCUUCUGACUUAUCCAGUGUUCAUGUCAGCCAGUGAUUUAUGUCAAGCUCUUCUUGGACACUAUUGCACCAAGCGACAAAGAGGGAAAGACGACAGGAAGGAGGUGCUGGGGAGAAAACAAAAAGUGGUGCACCUGGUGGUACAGUGGAUCACACUCUGCAAAGACUUCCUGAGAGAAGAGGACCACGUCAAAUUGUUCCUGCAGACACUGUAUCGUUGCAUGUUGGAUGAUCUUUAUGAGCACCCAGUCCUGGAGAAGGACCUGAGAGAACUGCAAAAUCUCUAUCACAUCCAGCGAAGACACACGGUUGAUGACUAUUCUCCUCACAGAAAGAACAAAGGAUUUUCCCACCAAUUAAGCCUGAAAGAGAAUGGGCUACAGUCCAGAGGUCCACAGAAUGAAGUGCUGUGUCAUGUGUAUGUUACGAUGGACUCUUACCUCAGUAUGAGGGCUCACGCUGAGGUCAUAGCCCAGGAGCUGCUGCAGACAGUGGCAGAAAGGAUGGAUUUUGCCGCGGAGGAGCUGGCACUGGUGGCCGUCUCUUACCCUGGAGGUAGACUCCUCCUCCAGCCUCAGGACAGAGUGUACGCUGAUUCUUUAAGGCCAGUGGGGAGGCUGCAUGUAUGCAGGAAGGACCUGGGCGAUAUCCUGAACCCAUUCAAAGGCGACUCGGAGCUGCAGCAGAGGACAGUCCGCAUGCUUACCUUAAACACGUGGGAUGUGGCUGUUGCACUCACCAACUUUGACUGGACUAUCUUUGAAUCCAUACAUGAGCAACAACUUGUGUAUUUCACCUUCAGUCGUCAUGCGAGCGGCAGCCACACAGUGGCGCUAGAGCUGCUGCUACAACGCUGCAAUGAAGUCCAACUGUGGGUGAUGACGGAGGUGUUGCUGUGUCCAGUGCUCUGCAAAAGGGUCCAACUCAUUAAGAAGUUCAUCAAGAUUGCUGCCCACUGUAAAGCACAGAGGAACCUAAACUGUUUGUUUGCCAUCAUAAUGGGCCUGAACACGGCCGCUGUUAGCCGCCUCACUCAGACAUGGGAGAAAAUUCCAGGGAAAUUCAAGAGGCUGUUUUCAGAGCUGGAGAUGAUCACAGAUCCAUCUUUCAACCACAAGGCCUACAGAGAGUCCUUCAAGAAGAUGAAGGCUCCAAAGAUCCCUUUUCUUCCUCUGUUACUCAAAGAUAUGACAUUUAUUCAUGAAGGCAACAAGACAUUUCAUGACAACCUGGUCAAUUUUGAGAAACUGCACAUGAUCGCAGACACGGUGCGGCUCAUCCGACAGUGUCACAGCGACCACAUGGGAAACUGCAUCAUCCAGAAGAGCAGCACAGAGGUGCGAGUCUACACUGAUUAUCUUCAUAUCAUCGACAAUCAGCAGACUCUGUUUGAACUGUCGCACAGGCUGGAGCCUCGUCCUUAGAGAUCAGCUCACACUCGGACAGCCAGGGAUCAACCUGACUCCGUCCCAUCUUUGUCUCAGACUCGGCAAAUCAGGAGACACAGCACUAUCCUUGCCAGCAAGAGAGAACCAAUCAGGAGAGGAAGGACACUUUGUUAGGUUAUACAUAACUGUUUCUAUAGAUUCUUGAGUAAUUAAUGCACAGUCCAACUUGUUACCAAUGGAACCAGCCAGUAUUAUGAGCUGCAGUGCCAACAGAUGCCAACAAUCGCCGACUAGCAGUCAGUCUGUCAACACUGCUUAUUGGUGAGAAACAUUAGCAGCAGCGGCACCUGUGUGGUCUGCAGAUGAAGAAAUUUAAUAUUCACCGCGGCCGAGCAGGAAGUUAACGUGACAGAUGAUGCAAUUUUAAAACUUGUUCUGCUUGCAGAGCAAUGCUAUAGAUGUAUUUUGAUGCCUGUAAGAUUUGAUAAUGUGAGCAGAUUCUGUACUGAACACUGUAAGUAGUAAUACUGUGAGAGUGUCAUCAUGUGUCCUUGUCCUCCAGGACAAUCCACGGCAUUUGUGGACAAUCAGACGUGCAACAGUGACUGA